UUUUUGUAUUUGCAAUUUAAAUGAAUACAUAUAUUUAAAUUCUUGAAUUUAAAUCAGUUUUUUAACUUCUCAGUGCAGUUUUAGUGUUCGUAUUAUGUCGUAUACUAAACAAUAUUUGGAAGAAAAAUUAAAAACCCAACUACAGGCUGAGCAUGUUGAAGUUGUAGAUCUCUCAGAUGGUUGUGGCGAUAAAUUUUCUGCUGUGAUAGUUUCUUCAGUUUUUGAAGGAAAACCACUUCUGGCUAGACAUAAAUUGGUGAAUUCAACUCUAGCUGAAGAGUUGAAAACAAUUCAUGCGUUUUCCCAAAAACCACUUACGCCAGAGCAGUGGAAAGCACAGCAAUGAUUUACACCUAAUUUAUAGAUUACUUUUAAUAAAAUUCAUUUAUUUUUUUAGUUUAUUAUUAUCAUGAAGUAAUUUUUCUACACUUCAUUCACUUUUUCAUUUAUUUAAGUUAUACAGCAGUUAGUAUCUAUUUAAAUUCAAGACUUUAAAAAAUUUCUU